AUGUCUGCUGACAAGGUUGAAGCUGGCGAGUUCCGCCAGGAGGACAUCGUCCUCCGCUCCGCGCAAGAUGUCGAGGCCAUCGAGGCCCCCGUCACCUGGAAGGCCUACCUGCUCUGCGCCUUUGCCUCCUUUGGUGGCAUCUUCUUCGGUUACGACUCUGGUUACAUCAACGGUGUUACCGCCUCGCCCAUCUUCUACAAGGCCGUCGAGGGUGCGGACGCCCUCAAGCUCAGCGACCCUCACUCCUCCCUCAUCGUCUCCAUCCUCUCCUGCGGUACCUUCUUCGGCGCCCUGAUCGCCGGUGACAUGGCCGACUGGAUCGGCCGCAAGUGGACUGUCAUCCUCGGCUGCGUCAUCUAUGUUAUCGGUGUCGCUAUUCAGAUGAUCACGAGCCCCUCGCACGCGCUCGGCCCCAUCGUCGCCGGUCGUCUCAUCGCCGGUCUCGGUGUCGGUUUCGAGUCGGCCAUUGUCAUUCUCUACAUGUCCGAGAUUUGCCCUCGCAAGGUCCGCGGUGCCCUCGUCUCCGGCUACCAGUUCUGCAUCACCAUCGGUCUCAUGCUAGCCUCCAUCGUCGUCAACUACACCUCGAGCCUCGAGACCACCGCCUCCUACCGCAUCCCCAUCGGUAUCCAGUUCCCGUGGGGUGUCAUCCUCGGCGGCGGCCUCCUCUUCCUCCCCGAGUCGCCCCGUUACUACAUCAAGAAGGGCCAGAUCCAAAAGGCCGUCGCCUCCAUCUCCCGCCUCCGUGGCCAGCCCGAGAGCUCCGAGUACGUCCAGAGCGAGGUCGCCGAGAUCGUCGCCAAUGAGGAGUACGAGCGCGCCCUGAUCCCCUCGACCACCUGGUUCGGCAGCUGGGCCAACUGCUUCAAGGGCAGCCUCUGGACCGGCAAGUCCAACCUGCGCCGCACCAUCCUCGGCACUUCGCUGCAGAUGAUGCAGCAGUGGACCGGUGUCAACUUCAUCUUCUACUUCUCCGCGGCUUUCCUCAAGUCCACCGGCGCCGUCAAGGACGUCUUCCUGACUUCCAUGAUCUUCACCAUCAUCAACGUGCUCUCCACCCCUCUCUCCUUCUGGACCGUCGAGCGCUUUGGCCGCCGCUCCAUCCUGCUCGUCGGUGCCGCCGGCAUGCUCAUCUGCCAGUUCCUCGUCGCCAUCAUCGGUGUCACCGCCGGCUUCGACCAAGUCCACCCCACGCCUACCCCCGAGGACCCGACCGCCACCACGCCCAACAACCUGGGCGCCGUCAACGCGCAGAUCGCCUUCAUCUCCAUCUUCAUCUUCUUCUUCGCCUCCACCUGGGGUCCCGGCGCCUGGGUGGUCAUCGGCGAGAUCUUCCCGCUGCCCAUCCGCUCGCGCGGUGUCGGCCUCUCCACCGCCUCCAACUGGCUCUGGAACACCAUCAUCGCCGUCAUCACCCCCUACAUGGUCGGCACCGACAGGGGCAACCUCAAGUCCAAGGUCUUCUUCAUCUGGGGCGGCCUCUGCACCUGCGCCCUGGUCUACACCUGGUUCCUCGUCCCCGAGACCAAGGGCCUGUCCCUCGAGCAGGUCGACAAGAUGAUGGAGGAGUCUACCCCCCGCACCUCGGCCAAGUGGCGGCCAACCACCACCUUUGCUGCUGCCCAGAGCACCGGCGGUCAUCUCGACAAGAGCGUCAUCGAGAACGUCGAGCGCCGCCGCAGCUCCGCUGUCUAA